GCUUUGGCACACUGAAAGUCUCACACACAUUUUCUCUUCUUCACCAACAUCAUAGGAACAGAACAAGAAUCAACAUCAUCAUCAUCAUCAUCAUGAUGCAGGAAGACAAGAAAAUGAAAGUGAAGAAAGGAUGGCUUGCAGUUCAAGUGGGUUUAGAGGAAGAAGAAGAAGGUGGUUCUGCAUCUCAAAAAUUUGUCAUACCAAUUUCUUAUCUUUACCAUCCACUUUUCAAGAAUCUUCUUGACCAAGCUUAUGAUGUUUAUGGUUACCACACUAAUGGUCCUCUCAAACUUCCUUGUUCUGUUGAUGAUUUCCUUCAUCUUCGUUGGCGAAUCGAGAAAGAAUCAGGUCCUAAUCAACAUAACCAUAAUCAUCAUCAGUAUCGUCUUCCUCAUGCUCUGAUUUUUCACUCUUGUUGAGUCCUAUUUUAUAACCUUUUUUUUUUUGUUUGACUUUUUAAAUACUGUUAGUUUUAUUUAGAGAUUUGAUGAUGAUACCGCUCUGUAAUUUUUAUGGUCAGAGGGAAAGUUGAAGAGAGAAAAAAAGAGGACAAAAAAAAAACUCUGCUUGGAGACAAAUCUUCUUAAGCAGAGAUAAGUUAGUUGUCUGUUGUUUUUUUAAUGUUUCUAUGUUUUGGUUAAUUUGCUGGGACAUGGUCAAGAGAGAAUGAAUAUUGAUGAAAUGAAAUUUGUUAUUUUCUCCUUAA